CCCUCUCCAACACAGGGAGGGAUGGUUGCUGGUUGUAGGAGAUUCUAUUUCGUUCAGCCCGGCGAUGGAUGCUGGGCCAUUGCCAACUCCGCUGGCAUUGCUUUGAAUGACUUCUAUAAAUGGAACCCAGGGGCUGGUUCUGACUGUUCGAAUCUGUGGCUGGACACCUGGUACUGUAUCGGAAUU